AUGGAGUGUCUUAGGGACAGGUUCGUCGGUGGUGUUCUUCUCGAUGGUCGCUAUGAGACAAUUUCACCGCUCAAUCACGGGUCAUUUGGCAUGGUCUUCAUGGCCCGGGAUUCGAUGACGAGCCAAACUGUGGCCAUCAAAUGCUUGACCAAAAAGGCUGCCCCAUGCGAAGCUGGUCUAGAGUUUGCUGUUGAUGACAAGUCUGAAGAACUGGCUCUCCACAGCAAUCUCGGAUCUCAUGAAAACAUUGUCAAUUUGCUCCACUCCUUUGAGACGGACGCCCACGUUUACCUUGUCAUGGAGUUUUGUUCUCAGGGCGACUUGUACGAAGCGAUCAGGAACGGGCAUGGGCCUCUACAGACGGAGCAUGUUCGACAGUUCAUGUUGCAGCUUGUUGAUGCCGUCACGUACAUUCACUCAAAGGGUGUAUAUCACCGCGACAUCAAACCUGAAAACAUCUUUCUCACCCAGGAUGGUGCAGUGAAGCUCGGUGACUUCGGUCUUGCAACUAAAGAUAAAUGGUCGUACGAGAUGACUGUUGGUAGCGAUCGCUACAUGGCCCCGGAGCAAUUCGACUCUGCCGGCGCAGGAUACUCCCCUGCAGAGGCAGACAUAUGGGCCAUUGGCAUUUGUUUGCUUAACAUUCUGUUCUCACGCAACCCCUUCACUACACCAACCGAAGCGGAUCCACUCUUCUUGGACUUUUCUCGCGACAAACAGAGCCUUUUCGACGUAUUUCCGGCUAUGUCACAGGACACGUACGAGGUCAUUGUCCAUUGCAUGAAUUUGGACCCCAGAAGACGAUCGUUGGAAGGCGCCCGUGACGCUCUUCUCCGCGUAGUGAGCUUCACUACUGAGGAUGAGUCAUUGGACGACUUCUGCGGAGCAGAGAAGACAACGGUUGCGUCUGCCAACCGUGAGCCUCUUCGUACUCCAUCUAUCCAGAGUCCUCAUGUUGAUAGCCACACUGGUGCUUUCCCGUGGGCGAGGGCUCUUCACGAUAGCCCGCACCGUCAGACUCGACAGCUGAGUGCCAUCCCUGACAAUGAGAGUUACACUGAAGACUUGUUUUCCAAGUCUGGUGAGACUAUUGAUUGGUGCUCGGCUAGCAUCCAGACUCCGUCUAUGUCGUCUAUGCUAGGUUCUCAGUUGGAUGUGUCAAUGAGAUCACUUGCCAUCAACAAGCCUUCUCGCCCCAACGUGUCCCCAGCUGCUGGGUCGAUGCCAAUUACAAUGGCGAAGCCCCUUGCCUUAUCCAUGUCGACCGUGUUUGGCCGUCGAAAAGAUGCUGUUUCCAAAAGCUGGAGUGACAUGUGGGAUGAGGACGAGGAAGAACACGAAGAACAAAUGAAAGAUCUUCAGGAGUUGAACUCUAGGACAUGGAGCCAUGAGAGUAGGACCGAGGUGAAGAAGGUUGACAACCAGGACUCUCCUCCCGCCUCGCACGUUACCAUUAAAGGGAAUGUGGAUGAUGACCUGGUUGCGGAUGGGUUCUUUUUCCAGGACUCUCCUGCAGUCAAACUGGUGUCAACCACGCCACGAUACUCUCCUCCAUCUAAACGAUUCAACUAUGAUAAAUGGGCUGCAUUGGGUGAGCGUCGGAGGGGUCAAGUCUGCAGUAUGGAAAUGGAAAAGUCGCCUGGCUUGAAGCCGCGACGUCAAUUUGGUUUUGGAUAUAAAUCUUAUGAAGCCGGCGUUUGGGAUCAUUCAACAUAUAACAACAAUAACAACAACACCACUAUGAGUAAGAAUUGGGGCAGAGAUCGAACUAAAGAAUGCCCUUGGAAUAAGGGAAGAGAUUGGAACUGGCGCCGAGAUCAUAAGCGCAAUGAUCUCGGGGACGUUGAGUGGGUUGGUGGUUGGUAG